CAAUGGCGGGCGAAGGCCCCUCUUUCUCGAAGUCGGCAAACAUUCCAGAAGUCGAUGUUUCAACGCCGAUUGGACCAGAAAUUGUAUCAAAGCCAGCAAAACCGACUCUCCCGGAACCGUUGGAGGGCGAGGGGGGAGAUGAGUCUCCAAUAUCAGGGCUAAAUUUGUUAGCAGAAGAGGUUGAAAAGGGGACACGGAGUGACAAUGUCUAUAAAGAUCCACAGGAGAACACUUGUAGGAUGCUUACCGUUUGGUCUCAUCCUGAAUCUUACGUCCUUCCGCCGGAGGAACAAGGUGGUAAAGCGUCACCGACAAAUUCUGAAGAUUACAAGACACCGCCAGAGGAUGAUCCGAUGACUGAAUGUCGCACACCAGACGUUGGGAAUUCGAAGCUUAGUCGAUAUCUGACUAGGUCAUUAAAAAAACAGAGCUAGAAGGGAAAUGUAUUCCAAUAAGCUCAACCAAAAAAGAUGACCUCCAGACGAAGCGUAUUCCGAGACGUUCAACAAAGAUUGGAGGAGUGU